ACACACAAAAUUAAUGAACGUGGCAACAAGGGCGGAUGUUUCUGUUAUUAAGCUUUCCGAGCUGUGGUCAGGCAGACGCCUCAAGCCUCUUACGACACCCAAUAUAUUUUAUUCUGGUUCUGACACUUAUCAGCCAAAGCAGCACCAUGCUGUCUGUGCUCCUAAACCUGAUCUGUACUGGCCUCUUCCUAGUCCUCAGGACAUUGGCACAAGCAGGAAUCUACAAGAAGCCUUUCCUCUUGGCCUUACAACCUCCCCUGGUGGAAUUAGGAGAGAAGGUGACACUGGAGUGUCGAUCAGAGAUUAUGUUUGACACCUUCGUUUUGACUUCACAUAAAAAUGGAACAAUCAAAGACUCUUUCAAGCUUUCUGCAGAACAUUAUCAUGGAGGUUCCCAAGCCAACUUCUCAAUAGGUCCUGUGACACCUGAUGAUGCUGGGACAUACACAUGUUAUGGUUCCUUCAAUCACUCGCCAUAUGAGUGGUCUGAAUCUGGUGACCCCAUUGACAUAAAGAUCACAGGAUUAUACAAGAAACCUUCUCUGUCAGCCCUGAUGGGCCCUGUGGUGAUGUCAGGGGAGAAUAUGACGUUGUCCUGCAUCUCUAACCAUCAGUUUGACAUGUUCAAUCUGUCCAUAGAAGGGGUGCCUCUGGGCCAGGGGCUGCCUGCAGUGCAGAGCCACAGUGGGACAUUCAAGCCCAACUUCCUUCUUGGUCCUGUAAUCCAGACAGGGAACUAUAGAUGCUAUGGCUCUUUCAGUAACUCUUCCCAUGUGUGGCCAUCCUCAAGUGACCCAUGGUACUUUCCUGUCACAGAUAAGAAAGCCUCACAUAGAGAUCUCAUAUUUUGUGACUAA